AUGGAGUAUAAACUCUUCAAAAUGAGGUUCUCUGUUAUCCUUGCGACAUUUCUUUUCUACAGGCCGGAACCGAGCAAGAAGAAACCCAAUGGAAUCAUCGGCUAUAUAGAUCACGUUGCAGUAGCCUUGGAUUGGCGUAGGAAAGGAAUCGCGAGAAAGCUUCUAUCAACAGCUUUCUCAGAGGAUACAAUCAUCCCUGUACAUGCCUUGCUUGGCUUGGUAACGCCAGGUCGGGAUCAGCGCUCUAGGAAUAAGGUAGACCAUCGUGGAGGUGGUCGUGGCACCAGGAGCGGCAAGAAAUAUGUAGAAGAGGACGACUUUGAUGCUAUUGCUCGAAGGAACCGGGAUGUAGAGCAGAUCAAACGUCGUCAAGAGCAGCAGCUAGUUGAGGAGGGGUCGUCGUCCGAUGACGAUGAGCCUACUACCGCUCCCGUAGCAGCUCACUCGAAGAGGGCACCGGAGGUGAAGACCAUGGCUAAGGAAAGGAUCGACUCUGAUGACGAUAUUGCACCUAUUGGAGCGGAUCAGAAGCAUCAGCCAACUCGACGUGAGCGAGAGGCAGCUGCUAAGGAGGCGGCUCAUAAGGCCUAUCUUGAGAAGCAGGCUAAGGGUGAGACCUCAGAAUUCAAAGCUCAAGCUCGACGUCUGGCCGAGGUGAGGGCUCGUCGUGAGGCUGCUGCCAAUAAGCGUGAAGCAGAGGAGGCUGCUGGUAUCACUGGUAGCGUGGACGGCGGUUCUACUCUGGGUGUACAAGCUGGCAGAGAACCACCGAACAGGUGA